AUGUCUUUUAUUUUAUUAAUCCUACUUAGUCAUACUUCCCAAGAACUAUUGACAACUUCAUAAAUUAAAAUUUGUGAUUCCUAAAACAAUACAGAUUGUUCUGAAAACAUGCUUAUCUAAUUGACAAUAGAAAAUUCAAACACAACAUCAACAGAAUAAAUCUAAAUCAACUCAACAAUACUCAACAAUCAAACUCUAUAAUUGUCAACUCCUAUUACUCUUACUAUUACUAAAACACCUGUUUAUGCAUAUUAUCUAUUACAAUAUUUCCAACAUUAUAAUAAUCAACCUUAUGAACUUAAAAUCCCAGCAGCAGUUAAUCCCUGUAAUGACAAUUGGAAUUCUAAUUCACCAACAUGUGGAUUCUAAUAUUUAAACUCUAAUAAAAUUUAAGAUAGCCAAGGUUUCUGUUGUUCCUGUGGAUCCUCAGAUUAAAUUGCUUAAAAUGAUGAUUUAUCCAGAAUUAAUAUUUGCAACAAAGCUUCAGUUACAACUAUGGCUUUUUGUCUAAGAUAUUCUCCACUUUGGUACAGGUAAUUCUUUUUUUUAUUAUCAUUCUAAGCUCAUACAACAUAUCCAAAUUUGAAAUCCAUUACAAUAUUACUAUUUCAAUUAAGUACUCUAACGAUGAAAUUGAAUAAUACACACUAGGAAGUGAAAUUAAAGAUUGGUAAGGUGAGACUUCUAUUGCCAAAAUUAUUUAAGAUUAUAUUCCAUCAAAUUAGCCACCUUCAUUGGAGUCUUUUAUGCUAAUGAAACCAAGUUCACCUGCUAAUCAUAUAAGAGUUUAAGCUGGAACAUCAGCUUAUAUGUUUGUACCUAAAGAAUUAUUAGGACAGGGGGAAUGUAAUAAAAUAGGAGUAUCAUAUUCUUCAUUUAAAAAUGAAAUAAAUAGGUGUUAAAAGUAAAUAAGAUCUUGCUUAUAAAAUUAAUUAGAGGAUCUAUAUCAGAAUGAUAUAGUCAUGGUUAAUAAUAAUUCUUAACCAUUCUAUUUGAUUUAAAAAUAUGGGAAAUUUUAGUAAAUUAAUAUUAAUAAUAACUAAUUCCUUUAAUUUAGCAUUGAUCAAUAAAUGUUCACAACUAUCACACUUAAAAUAAAUACGACUGGUAGAAUAUCUUAUGUUGGAAAUAUAUAAAGUACUUAGAAAGGAUAAAUUGAUUUAGCUGAAAUUCAAAAUUUUUCUAUUUCAUCAGGAUCUGGUAUAUUGUAUGCUUAAAUUACAAAUAUUGGUGAUAUUUUAAGUGAAUUUAAAAGUUAUUUUAAUUGUUCUAUAAAUACAAUAACAAUAAAUUCAACAGAGCUUUCAUUAUAACCGUUGAAAAGCAAAAUUAUUAAAUAAGAAAUAAAUGUUUCUAUUGAUAUCAAAGAAUCAAAUUUAUGUAAUUUUAGUUUAUUAAAUAAUGAAGGAUCUUUAUUGGAUUGGAAAAUUGUAUAUUUGAAUUAAUAAAAUGAUAAUAGUAAUAUAAAUGAGAAUAAAAAUAAAUCGAAUAAUUAGAUAGCUACUAAUACAGGAACAAUAUGUGAAUUAAAGUGUUCUCAAUUCAUUGAUAUAUCUUGCUAUUUAUAAAACAAUUGUGAAUAAUAGACUAUUACUUUUUUUACUGUUUUAGGUGCAAUUCUAUUUACAUUUACAUUUAGUUUAAUUUACGCAUGUUAUAAAAAGAAAGUAGUUUGUUGGUCUAAUGAUUAAACAAUAUCUAUCAUUCCUCCUUUAGAUAGUAUAUUAUAUUAAUAAAAUAGAAGAAUUGAAGGAUCAAAAUCAUCUUAUGAAUAGAUUUCUUAAUAUUAAAUUUAGAUAUUGUCUGCAAAUGUAAAUAAAAUAAUGUAUAUAAAUUUGGCAUUGGGUACAGAUCCUAUUUCUAAUCAUCUUUAAUCAGAUUCAUCAUUUGAAGUAUUGGCAAGCUAUUAGAAGAAAGAAUUAAUAAAGUUAUAAAUAAAAAGGAAAAGUAAUUUUGUUAGAAUAUUUAAAGAGAUUUAUGGUUUGUAAGAUGUAGAUAGAAAUAUAAAGAAAUAUUUAGAUGUAAAAAAGGAAUCAAUUUAAUUAUUCAGUAAUUUAUUAACAGAAUUUCCACUCUUUAGUAUAAUCUGA